CAGCCAAUAGGGAUGCAGCUGGGUCUAUAAAAGCAGUGCUACUCGCCUCCCUUCUGCACCUGAGGGGCAAGGGAGGAAGACAGCUCAGGAAGAUGGCGCGCACCAAGCAGACGGCACGGAAGUCGACAGGAGGCAAGGCUCCGCGCAAGCAGCUAGCCACGAAGGUGGCCCGCAAGAGCGCUCCAGCCACCGGCGGCGUGAAGAAGCCGCACCGCUACCACCCUGGCACGGUGGCGCUGCGAGAGAUCCGGCGCUACCAGAAGUCAACCGAGCUGCUGAUCCGCAAGCUGCCAUUCCAGCGCUUGGUGCGUGAGAUCGCCCAGGACUUCAAGACCGACCUGCGCUUCCAGAGCUCAGCGGUGAUGGCGCUGCAGGAGGCCUGCGAGUCGUACCUCGUGGGGCUGUUCGAAGACACGAACCUGUGUGCCAUCCACGCGAAGCGGGUGACCAUCAUGCCCAAGGACGUCCAGUUGGCUCGGCGCAUUCGCGGAGAACGGGCUUAGACCCCAGAAGCACUGCUCAUGAACCCAACGGCUCUUUUCAGAGC